UAUUCUGCAAAUCAUGCAAAUAAAAGGGAAUACAUUUAUUGUUACUGGAGGAGGAAGUGGAUUAGGAUUAUCUGCGGCUCAAGAAUUAUUGAGAUUAGGAGCAAAUGUGGUGGUAAUCGAUUUGAAAAAUGACGGGAAAUCAUUUUUUAAAGGUCAAGAAAAAAAUGUUUUAUUUGUUCAAGCGGACGUAACAUCUGAAGAAGAAAUAUCUAAAGCUAUUCAACAAGCAGUUGAAAAAUUUGGGGAGAAUAUUCGUGGAGUUGUAAAUUGUGGUGGUGUAUUUAUAGUAGGAAAAAUCAUUGGUUCAAAUGGGAAACCAUUGGAUUUGAAUACAUUUAAAUUUGGUAUUAACGUUAAUCUGGUCGGAACUUUUAACGUAUGUAGGCUAGUAGCCGCACAAAUGGUUAAACAAAAACCAUUAGAAGAAGGAGAAAGAGGUGUAAUAGUAAAUAUAUCAUCAAUCGCUUAUCAAGAUGGUCAAGUAGGACAAGUUACUUAUUCUGCAACUAAAGGUGGUGUGGCUUCGAUGACCUUACCUAUGACGAGAGAUUUAUCUAGAUUUGGUAUUAGAGUUGUUGCUAUUGCUCCCGGAUUAUUUGAAACUCCAAUGGCAUCAACAAAUAAUUCAAAUGAUAGAGUAUACCAGAAAUUGUUAAAUCAAAUUGAGUUCCCUGGUAGAUUUGGUAAAGCAGAUGGUGAAUUUAAUAAGCUAGUUAUUCAUUUAAUUGAGAAUACUUAUAUGAAUGGUGAAAUCAUUAGAAUUGAUGCUGGUACUAAAUUAGGAAAAUUAUAAAUUUAUUUAUUGUUAUUAUUACUUAUUAUCUAUAUAUUAUCUAUAUAUUAUUGUUAUUAAAACUACCAAUAUUUGUUGAUUUUGUAUUUGAUAAAUUAUAAAUAUAUGUAUCCAAACAAAUUAUACAUUAUAAUAUCGUUA